AUGGUCGGCACCGACGUCGCCAUGGCAGCUCCUGCGAGCGAACUUGAAUUAGCAAAAAAAAACUUAACCGAUGCUAUUGGUGAUAAUAUAAAACACUACUGGGCGAAUCUGAAGCUGUGGUUCAAACAGAAAAUCAGCAAAGAAGAGUUCGACGUUGAAGCACGUCGUCUUUUGGGACAAGAUAACGUGCACGUUCACAACGACUUCCUGUUGGCCAUUCUGACACGAUGUCAGAUUAUUGUAUCCACACCAGAUGGCGCCGGCUCGUUGCCGUGGCCAGGCAGUUCUACCUCAAAACCCUGCAAGGCAAAUAAAGGCAAAAAGAAAUUUUCCUCUGUCCGUCAAAAAUUUGAUCACCGGUUUCAGGCGCAGAACCCUCUGAGCGGAGCGCAGCCGUUCAGCCCUCGUGAGCCGGGCGCUGAAGACGAGGAGCUGAGGUUGAGUGUGCACACGCUCCUGCUGCCCACACGCGGCCAGCUUGAGGCCCGCAUGAUGGUCACUGCCUUCGAGAUGGGCCUGGACAAUGUCGCCGAGGAAGCCGUGAGCACCAUGGUCUGUGCUAUCGAGGUCCACCUUAAAGACGUCAUCACUGCAGUGGUGUCGCGCAGAAAAGCGUACCGUCUAAGAGACGGACACUUCCAUUAUGCCUUUGGCAGUGAUAUCACGCCCCAGCCCUACCUGAAAAACAGCCUGGCUGCUUACCACACAGUCACAGACUGCCCUCCUCCCAGUGCCUCCCUGCCUGCUGGCCCGCCUCCCCAAGUAUCUCCUGACGAUGCAGAGCAGCAAGCUGCCCUGCUAUUGGCCUGCUCUGGUGGCAGUGUCCCUGCCCCUCUCCCGCCUAUUGGCAUGUAUGAUCUACUGGAAGCGCUUCAGGUGCACCGCCAGGUGAUGCCCUCCCACACCGUCUACGCUCUGAACAUGGAGCGCAUCCUGGCCCGCCUCUGGCACCCCAGCCAUGAGGAGCUUGAGCAGGACCACAUCCACAGGCGGCGGCUCGCCACCAAGGAGGGUCUGCUCGUCAGCUGAGGAGGGUGGAGGGUGGAGGUGGCUGCACCCCUCCAUGCCUCAUUUGUGCUUCACCGCUCGAUGUCUCUGGCAACAUGGCAACACGAGUUGUACAGGUCAACUGUUACUUCACAACGGGUUCUAUAGUUACACGAGUCGAGCUAUUUGUCCAGUGCAAGCCAAGAUUUGGUGUGGUAAAGGACACUGCUGUUGCCAUGGUGACCAUUGAUUAUGAGUAGACCAACUGUCUCCGGGUUGUUGAAACGGGAGUGGCGUCUCCACCGAUCGGCUAACGUGGUCGGAACCCAGAGAUCUUAGUCAUCAUGUAGAUGUGCAGUGUUCAGAACUGUCUUGCUCAGGGCAGUCCUGCCUGUAGGACACAUCCGCGCCACAGGGAGAGCUUCUUCUUGCUCACACUCUUGUGGAUUUAAAUACCAUUAGUCUGGCUACGUACAUGCCUUGCAAACCCCUCCUACAUAAAGGAAUGUUUAAUUUUAAGGUUUAAGGAAAGAAAGCACUGUUAUUAAUUUAGAAACAAAUAUGGUUGAAGGGUUUUGACACUUAAUACAAUCUUAAUAAAGUUUAUGUAAAGAGUUUAUGUAAAUUCUGAUUGCCAUAACUGAUUUGUGGUGUCCAAAGUAACUUGUUUAUAAGUACAUUAAAUAAUUGUUUUGAAUUAGAGCAA